AGAUCUCAUCCUUCUCCAUUUAAAUUAAUUUAUAUUGUUUUGUUCUCCCUUCACUUCUGUUCUUCAGAGGUAAUUCCUGUCCUUACUAUUUAAGAAUUUUUGUGUAUUUCCAUACAAUAAUCCCCCAAGAUGUUUCAUGCAGUUGAUCAUAGUUAAGUGUCUUUUUUAAAUCUGUAAAUAGUGCCAGCACAAUGGACUCUUGAUUGCUGAUUGGAGUCUGCAGGCAUUAUCACAAUGUAAAUAAAUAAUAAUAAGGUGCCCAUUUCUAAUGUAUCCCUCACUAUAGUACUGAAGCACCAACUCUAAAAAUGUGCUAUGAUGAUAUAUGAACAUACUGGCUUUGAUUUUUCCACUGCCUUAUGCAAUCAUUUACAUCUGUGCAAACUUGGUUUAAACUGCUACCGAAGUAGAAUGGCAACAUUUCACAGUUCCUUUACAUAAUUGUAAGCAGUGACAAAUGGGGCCUUGGAUAUUCUCAGCUCAGUUACUAUUAAUUGACAUUUAUAUUGUGGUAGUGCAUAAAAGGCAUAGAGAGGUCAGCACCCAUUGUGAUAGGCACUGUACAAAAAUACACAGUUGCUGCCCAUAACAAGUGGAUGAUGUGAACAAGAAGGCCAGGGUAGGGGAAACAGGAUAACUAACAUAAUAGAAUUUGUGCAAUUCUUAGCUAUUCAAAAGUAGUGAUCACAGGCUUCAUCUUCCUAGUUGUUCUUAGAUUACAGUUUAAUCUAUGCAUUAUGGAAGACAUAAGUUUUGAGGAGGGACUUCAAGGAGGGCAGUGGUAGAUUUAGAGUUAGUAGGGCCCUGUGCGCAGUUUCACUUUUGGGGCCACCCCCCUGGGGACCCAGACAAGAAAAAGAAUGUUCUCUCUUAUCUUCCUACCCUCCGUUUUUCAUUCUUUUUUUUCAUCCUCCUCCUAUAUUAUAAGUAAUAGGUAGUAAAUGAAAAUAAAGUGAGGUGCCUUGACUAGGGUUGCGGUGCAGUAGGAAGUGUGGGGGUCGGGCUCUGGGAGCGAGUUUAGGUGCUGGGUGCGGGCUCUGGUCUGAGGAAUGGGGUUCAUGUGUGGGAGGGAUCAGGGGGACGGCACUUAUCUUGGGCAGUGUGGCUCCCAAAGUGACUGGCACACCCCUGUGGCAGCGGCUCCUAGGCAGGGGGGAUCAAGGGAUCUCUGCACACCACUGCCCGCAGGUGCCACCCCCACAGCUCCCAUUGGCCACAGUUCCCAGCCAACGGGAGCUGCGGAGUCGGCGCUCAGGGCGGGAGCAAUGCGCAGAGACAUCCCCUCUCCCUCUCGCCUCAGGGGCCGCAGGGACAUGCCGGCCACUUCCAGAAGUAGCAUGGCAUGGAGGGAGGGAGGCAGGCAGCAUAGGUGGGGAGCCGUCAUAGCCUUGUUGCACUGCUCUGGCACGUCUCUGUGUGCCCCUUGGGGAGAAGGGGGCAGCAGGUCUCCAUGUGCUGCCUGGGGCAGGAGCAGCACGUGGAGCCGCUUUCCCCCCCACCAGGGGCACACAGAGAUGUGCCAGCAGCCAGACGCUGCCGGGAGCGGCGUGGGGCCACUGGCCACGGAAUACAGGCAGCCUGCCUGCCUGAGCCCUGCUGCGCUACUGGCUGGAACUCGGGGGCAGGUUGCCAGGCUUCAUGAAAGUCAAGAAGAGGAACCAAAUAUCCUGCUGGAGUGUGACUACUCAGUGCUGGAUUCUGUUCAAAAGCAUUUGAAAUUGUACAAGAUCCGGAGGAAAGUAAACAUAGCCCCCUGCCUUGAUCUCUCUUUGUGGGCAGUUAUCCCAGAGGAACAGUCUGGAGAUGUUUCCAGUACCCUUGAUAAAUGUGCAGACAAAACUUUGGUUUUAACUCCUGAUCCCAGAGUAGAAGUCAUGGGUUGGAGAUUGAUUACAAACAAAGAGGAAAAUCCACUAGAAAUUGUCCCUGGAAGUCAUAUAGGAAAUAUUAGCGAUUAUCAUAGGCACAGGUACAAACAAGGAAUAGCUGAAGGCGUAAAAGACAUCCCCCCAGGAGUAGCCUUACCACUGGAAUCCAACCUGGCCUACAUGAAUGGAAUCAGUUUUACCAAGGGCUGUUAUAUCGGACAGGAGUUAACAGCUAGGACCCACCACACGGGUGUCAUCCGUAAACGCCUAUUGCCAGUGCAGCUUUCAGCCCCUUUGCCAUUGGGAAGCAUUCCCGAGGGUGCUGCGAUCUUAACUGAAUCGGGAAAGUCAGCUGGCAAGUACCGGGCUGGUGGAGAUGAACUUGGCAUAGCUUUGCUGCGAUUAGCUAACAUAAAUGAGCCACUGCAUAUCAAUUUACCAGGUGACACUAGUGUGAACCUUACUGCAGCUAUACCUAAUUGGUGGCCAAAAACUACCAACAAAUAAAUGAGGAAUCCUCUGCUGCACAUCUGCCUUACUUAACAAACUUUGUCUGAUAGGCUGGGAAGUUCAUUCAGUCUCUUACUCCCUUCUAUCAUAGUUUCCUUUUGUCUUUAUCUUUUAUUUGCAGCACUUGAGCAGGGUGUGUUACAGAAGGGUCCUUGGGAGCUGGGCCAAAAGGCAAAAGGAACCUGAUGCAUCAGCGAGUCACUGACAAAACAAGGGCUAAGUAGAGAAGCACAUAGGAGAGCAGAGAAAUAUUCAGCAAAGUCUGUAAAGUUCACCAUGUGGAGUUCCUGCUGCUUGCUUCCCCUUAAGGAAGAGGUGUAUGGGGAGGGAGAUUAAGGAGACUUGGCAUGUACUGGGCAACUAGACUCCAUCCCUGAAGAUCCUGACCCAGCCACCAUGGCCCAUGCUCUCACUCUGCGACCUGUACCGUACUUCCCUCUCUCAAAGAGAGUGAAGACAGGCCAAUUAUUGCUGGUUGUAUCAGUCCCAUGGGAAUUUGCAAGGUAGAGAGCAGAUCUCUAUACUGAUUUCCACUAGCUGGUUAGCUUACUCAAAGCCAAGGUCCCACAGCUAUGCAGAGAUGGACUUCCGAGGGACCACAGAGGAGCCUGUCACAGAGACACUGCUCCCCAGCUGUGUGUCUGGGAGCUUUGCUGAGAGUUUUUGGUUUCCUCCCACGACACUGGAUGGUUACAUAUAGCUUGAAGAGUCUCUUGGGGCAGAGGGAGGAGGCUUGGCAUGGGUGAGGACUAUUAAGCAGUCCAGUGCGGCCAUUAAGGAAUCCAGCCUCUACUCUAUGUGAGGGUGCCCUGAUGGAUCAAAACUUAUUCUGAAUAUAGUGCUGCAUAUAUUGAAAUGCUCAAAAGGGGAGGUGGGAAUAGGAAUUUUAUCACAGUAUGCGUCAAAUGUUUUUAUGUCAGGAUUAUUUCUGUGGUAUUGUAAAGCUUUUUAAAAGGUGUGUGCUGCCCAUUUCUUUCAAUAGCAUGUGUUUUUGCUGCACUCUGGCUAAAAUGUUCACUGUAAACGUUCUUUGCGUCAGGCUCUCUGCACUGCUUCUAAAUUGCUGGCUGGCUGAGAACUUUUUUUGUCAUUACUGUUAACUCUCUCUGAAGGAAGAGGAAUGGAUUGUACUCUGCAUUUGAAAUAAGGAUUUUGCUUUUAAUACUUGACCACAUGGGCGAGCAAUGUAUGCAGAUGCUGUAAUAUCAGUAUGCACUCUACUGCUGCAAGGUCAGCAGAGGGAGCACAAUGAUCAGUAGUAUACCCAGAGCUGCCCUGCCAUGGCCAGGGUACUGAUAAUAAAAGCCUGAACAACGCACUGGUUUUGUGUCAGUUUAACUAUUUCAUGUCAGGGUGUGAUAUUUUACUGAAAUAGCUAUGCCAGUACAACCCCUAGUCUGCACACAAUUAUACUUGUAAAUAGAUGCCUUCCCAUCCUUCAUGGGAAUAAACUAUAUUGAUAUGAACGACUUUACACCAGUAUAACUGGUUUAACUUUGUCGGCAAAUGUUGAGAUUUUGGUUGGCAGAAAUCACAAAUAAGUGUACGUAUAUGCUAGAAAUGCUAUAGUGACACAGCUAUGUAGUUGUAGGCACGUGCUACAGUGACAAAAGGGGUUGUUCUAUGGCUGUAGUAAUCCCACUUCUCUGAGAGUUGGUAGGUAUGUUUGACAGAAGAAUUCUUCCAGUGACCUACACUGGGGCCUAAGUUGGCUUAACUGUGUUGCAUAGGGCAUAAAUUUUUUCACAGUCCUGAGUGACGUAGUUGAGCUGACCUAACUUUGUAGUGUUGAUGAGGCCUGAGUGUAGAGACAUAUGCAAAACUAUGCUGCCAAAAGGAAAAUUUUGCCAGUAAAACUUUCUAGUGUAGACCAGGCUUAAGUGUCUCCAUGCUAACACUUUAAAUAUACUAGGAUAGUUAAUAGGUAAAAGAGUACAACUUUGUGUGUAGACAAGCAUAAAUAAAGGUACUAAGAACACAUAAAUAAAAUAUUAGGACCAUGUGUCUUGUGAUUCUUUAAAAAAAAAAAAAAAAACAAGCAACAAACCAAAACCCAUCAAGAGGCAGCCGAACCCCCAGACUAUAUGACUGUUCCCACAUAAUCUCUUCAAAGCCAAUGAAGGGACAUGUCCCCUCCCCAAGGUGAGAUUUCCACUCAUUCCCUGCCUACAUGAAUCUCAGCCCCAUAGAGGGCUCCCUCUGAAGGAUGGGGGAUAGUGCCAUAGAUAUGCAGGAGGGAGUAACAAUCCUGCCUUCUAUAAGACAGUGCUGUACAGUGCCCUAUGGAUUUGAGGCCUGCUUGCCACCCACACUCCAUGUCCUGUUCUUCCUAGCUGUCUAACUCUAACUCUUUUGCCCUUAACUAGGCGGUUUCUCCAGGCCCUCACUUUCUUCACUACUGCCCCCAUCCUCCAACAGCUUCAUGUGGCCCACAAAUAAGGCCUUCUGGUUAGUCCCUGCUGCUGGCUCUUACUAGGGGUUUCUCUAGCCGCCUGACUUCCUGGGUGCUCAAACAUGCAUCCAAGUGGAGUGGCCAGACAGCAGAUGUGAAAAAUCAGGACGAGGGGUGAUGGUAAUAGGAGCCUAUACAAGAAAAAGACCCAAAAAUCGGGGCAUCUGGUCACCCUACACCCAAGUAUUUGGGGCCCCUUUGGCUACUUUUCCCAUCUUUGCACCUCCCUUCCCCCGGCUGGCCUACUCUGAGCCUCUUCCUCACCCCCCUCUAACCCUAAACUAAUUUAUAGAAGCUGUGUGUUUUUUGUUUUUUUUAAAGAAAUCAAUGUGAACUCAGAAGCAAGGUGUGUGGAAGAGGAGUGAGGGGGAUGAAUGAGUAGGGCCCUGAUUGAAUGGGUCUGGAAGGGGCCCAAGAUGAUGAACUAGCCCGGUUUAAUAUUUGUUUGAAAUAACUCUUGUCCAAAGGGCAUUUUGUCAUUGCCUUGCUGUAGCCAUUACUGUGAAGUGAAAUGUAUAUGAAAAAUAUUUGUUAAAACUCCUCAGGCUUGCUAUAAAAGGAAUCUGUGGAAUUACUCAUUAAAAGUUAGCUAUGUCAAUGAUUUAA